AUGAGCGCUGCAAAGGAUGAGGCCGAGGAUGGUCCAUUGGAAUUGAAAGAUGAUGACCAUAGCACCCGCAAGGAAGCGCCGCAGGAUAAUGAGAACGAACAGACGCAGGAAGAGGAGUUGCUAACACCGAAGUCGAGUAAGCCAAACGGAUUUGAAGAGGAGGAUGACAGCUUGGCUUCCAACAAUGAGCUCGAUCGCGAAGACUUUGGGCCAUUGCAGACUUCGAGUCCGGUUCUUGAAAGACCAUCAAGUGCUGAUGAGUCCCUUUCGAUCCCGGACGACACUCCUUCCCUGCAGGGCUCUAUCGAAUCGUCCACUCCAGACAAAGGGUUCCGUAUAUCCAACUAUGGCCGAAGUCCAACACCAUCUCUACGGCCCUUUGAUAAGCGGUUUCAAGCUCGCUUGUCCCCUUCUCCACUGGGCUCACCUCGAGCUUCUUCACCAGCCUUCCUCAAUGCGCAUUCACGGCAGUCCUCGACGGCCUUCUCGAUACAGAACGAUGGAUCUGCUGAGUCACCACAGGCACCCUGGGAAGUUGUCAGGUGGACCAAGCUUAGAAAGAUGACGGGUGAAGCAUUCUCUGAGGUUGGGAAACGUAAAUUUGGGCGGCCUACAUGCAUAGCUAUAGCUGCUUCAAUUGCGAUAGGAACGUCGAAAGGCGUGAUAUUGGUGUUCGACUACAAUCAGAAUCUCAAAUCCAUCAUUGGUCUGGGCACAAAAGCUUUUGAGUCUGGGUCUAUUACGUCUAUCAGCAUAUCUGCAGAUCACUCUACUAUCGCUGGCGGACACGCCUCUGGAAGCAUCUUCACUUGGGAGGUUGCGAGGCCUGCGAAGCCUUUUCUACAUAUUCCUCCAAUCGACAGGAGUCGAGCUCCGAACGUUGACGGGCAUACUCUUGAUGUUGCCAUCCUUCACAUUGGCUUUCUGGGAAUGCGACACACCGCACUGGCUUCAGCUGAUGACAAAGGAAUGGCAUUCUCUCACUUGGCCACGAGGGGAAUGGGAAUGGUAGCGCGCUCUGUCAAGACGACUCGGAUACUUGGCCGGUACCCCGAUAAAGCAUCAGGUGCUGACCGUCAAAGGAAGCCAAGCUCUGUGUUGGCAUUUUCUCCCUUGCCCUUGGGGAAUGCAGAGCAUGGUGCGGACUCCUUAGGACUGAUAGCCAUGCUGACACCAUACCUGUUAGUCGUCGUUUCGACCACGCCCAUAGCACAAACUCAGUACAAGUCUCCAAGACCUAAAGAGGUGGCCGCUCAUGGCGCCAUGACAGCUGCUUUGGCAUGGUUCCCAAGUGUCAAGCUAAAGACAAAGGACCCGGUUACAAUGGAGACAUCAUCAAGGGUCAAGCUCGUCUACUGCUGGUCGAACAUUCUCACAGUCCUCGAGGUAGUCGAAAUGCUACCCUCAGCAAGUCUUGUGAAAGAGGAACCCCCAAGUCUCCAGUUCAAACCACGCAGCAGGUGGAAAGCUGAGGAGGCCAUCGUUGGUGUUCAAUGGCUCAGUCGAUCUGUGCUUGCAGUCUUGACAAUCACACAACAGCUGGUUAUCCUCGAAGACAGCUCAAUGGUUGUGACAGAUUCCUCUGACCUAAUCCAGAAACACAUUUAUCAUGCUGACUUGUUCUCGGGCCAACUUAAUCAACUCGUUGAUCAGUUGGAAGAUGAAGAGGUCGCUGCUAUGCAUGGGGUCGUUGCCGACGCUUUUUAUAUGAGCUUCAGAGCCUACAAAGGCCGGCUGUUUCUUUUAGGACACAACGAAAUCUCUUUCGGCACACUCUCCAACUGGGCUGAUCGACUACUGGCGUUGAUGGAAGAAGGUAGCCACAUUGCCGCAAUCCGAUUAGCGACCUCUUACUACAGCGGCGAAGCUAAUAAGGUAGCCGUUGGUCUUCCUGAGGAUGAUACUACGCGACACGGCUUAGUUCAGGAGAAACUCUCCGAGAUGAUCUCAGCAUCCCUUCGAUAUACAUUUAAAAAGAACGGAACGGUCCAACAGAGAAAUGGUGACCAAAGGCAGCUCGAAGAGCUUGCAUCCGCUUGUAUCAAAGCUUGCAUCAGCAUGGAAGAUACUGACUUCUUAUUCGAAGACGUCUACAGUUGGUAUCAGGACGGAGACGCUGAAAGUGUGUUCCUCGAAAGCAUUGAGCCCUACAUUGUCGAUGAUGAAAUCAGUGUCAUAUCUCCAGUAGUGAUCAAAGACCUAGUAGGACAUUACACUGCGCGAGGGCUCAAUGCGCGUAUCGAAGAGAUGAUCUGUCAUCUGGACUCUGGAACCAUGGACAUUGAUCAGAUCACCACGCUAUGUAAGAAGAACCAUCUUUACGAUGCUCUGCUAUAUGUAUGGAAUCAAGCCCUUAACGAUUACACCACCAUCUUGACUGAUCUACUGAUCUUGGUCGAGCACCAAUACAACUCUCAGUCAGACGUCGAUCCGUCUCUUGCAGAGUUGGAAUUGACGAGCGCGUCCAAGGUCUUUCCCUAUCUCUCCUACAUACUCACAGGUCGGGUAUAUCCCACGGGCAAGGAUAUGCCUGACGACUCUGCAAGUUUGGCGAAAGCUCAGAUCUAUCACUUCUUCUUCUCUGGCGGCAGUAGGGAAGGUCGGCCUGUAACUCAGGGAAGCCCACGAUCGUCGAAAUCCGAGUCUACAACCUCAUUCCCAAAUCUGCGACGGGUCCUCAAUUUCGACGCACCAAGUUUCCUCAGCAUGCUGAAUGAAGCGUUUGAAGAUAGCUUCUUGAACGGUCCUCAAGACCAAAUGGCCAACGAAACACCCGGACGGCUGACAGAAGAGCAGAAGUUCGGUCUGUCAGUCAAUCGACAAUGGAUCGUUAGCAUUUUGUUGGAAGUAAUGACACCUCCGAAUUAUGAAUCUGAUGACACCGUUUACCUUGACAUGUUCAUAGCCCGUAACCUUCCGAAGUUUCCUCAAUUUAUCCUGCUACCUGGUCAUGUACUCCAUCGAGUACUUAUCGGCCUUUGCCAGUAUCCAACAAACGAGGUAGCAGAUGACUGUCAGCUUAGUGUCGAGUAUCUUCUCUCGAUGUAUCAGCCACCAGACUUAACAUCGCUGAUACCCUUGAUCUCCAAAGCUCGCUUCUAUCGGGUCUUGAAGUCGAUCUAUAAACAGGAGCGACAUUUCGCUGAUCUACUGAAAACAUGCUUCGAAGACUACGAGAAUCAAAACGCCAUCUUUGAUUGUAUUGGUGACUGUCUCAAACCCAGCGCUGGUCUGAGUGAGAAACAGAUUAGCGAUAUCCGUGGUGUGAUCGUUGAGCAUGCGUAUGACCUCGUUGCGGCCCAUGUCCAGAGAGCAGCAUCCAUAAUCGAUACGUACGCCCCAGAUCUUCACAGCGUUUUGCUAGAUACACUCGGCGAUGACGAAGGCGCUCAAUUCGAAUAUUUGCAGACGGUACUUGAGCCAUCUACUCCGGGAGCAGAGGCCGACCUCCCGACCGGUCGCCAGCGCGAUUUCAUAGAGCAAUAUGUGCGACUCAUGUGCGACUUCAAUCGGUCUCAUGUCAGCAAGUAUGUUGAGCAGCUCAAGAGCGGUGAUUUGCGUUUGGAGGAAGUCCUGCCAGCGCUGGAGGAAAGCGGCGUUGUUGACGCUGCUGUAGUACUUAUGGCACGAGAGGGCAAAGUCCGAGAGGCCAUUGAUCGUCUUACCCAUCAUCUCAUCACUUUGGAGUCUGCUCUACUCGGUUUGAUAGACGGAGUCAAUGAAAGUCCAGAUUUAGGUAACACUGCCGAGGCCGGACGAGACUUGAUCGCCUCUGUACAACAGUAUGCUCGAGUGGGCGUAUGGCUCUGCCAAGGACAGACCAAAGCUGUCGAAAAAAGGAAACCGAUCUUAGCGCGAGUGAAGAGUGCCAAAUCUCUGCGUGAUGCAUUAUCUUCGGACGAAGAGCUUUGGUUGGAUCUUAUCGACGCCGUCGUUGCGGUUACCAAGGACGUCACUGAAGUUCUAGAGAGGCAAGACCGUGCAGCAGGGAUCAGUGAAAAGGAUGCUUCACAGCGAGCACGAAGCGCCACAGACCUCGAUUCGCCAAAGAUGAUCACGGAUUUGCGUACCAUCGUACAAGAUACGUUCACAGCUCUCCUUGCCGCCACCAGCGCUCCUCACACUAAAGAUGCUCGUCGCACGGAUGUCUCCUUCCUGCGUAUUCUCCGAGCGUUCCUGGACCGAGCAUCAAUGUCCUCACCUUCUUUGUCAAACUUGCGUGCAGUGCUUGGAGCGAUCUUCUCAGCAUACUCGUAUGAGGAGUCUCUGCUUUCACUGGCAAACCGACUGCUGGAUAAAGAACUAUUCGUGCAAGUGACAGAAGCGGAUAGCCUGAAAAGAAGAGGCUGGAGGCCGCUAGGCCAAGUGUGCGAAGGUUGUGGCAUGCGGGUAUGGGGCCCUGGUGCUGGAGGCUACAUCUGGGAGGCUUGGCAAAGAAGCAACGCAGAGAGAGAGAUGGUACGACAAGUGAAAGUCGAGAAGAGGCCUCCGAGGUCUUCAUCGAGAGAAGAGCGCGGCAAAGGGAAAGGAGUUACUAGGGAUGAUGGCAACAUGGCAAUCUCUGAGUCGAAUAAUGGAAAUGGUCAGGAAGGCGGGGUAGAUGAAAAUGGAGCGGUCGUGAUCUUCUCAUGCAGGCACAUGUUCCAUCGUGCUUGUUUGCUAAAGAUGCAAGAUCGAGGGAGCCGGGACGAUGGACAGACCGGAGGGCUUGGUUCAGACCUGGCGUGUCCAUUAGAAACGUGA